AACUGCGUAACAUGACAUAAUUUUUUGACACAUGGACAUGACAACUUAAAUAGAAAGUUUGAUAUUAUUUUGAUUGUUGUAAGUUUACUUUGAAUUACUUGUUGUUCUUAAUUAACUACAAUUUAUUCAGUUAUUUUCCGCCUGAUUAUCAAUUGGUAUGUGUCCUGUAUUUUAAAUUUCAUUAAGUACAGUAUAAUGGCUGAUUCAGGCGUAGACACUGGCAACGAGAGCAGCGACAAUCCUGUUUUCGAUCAUUCGUACUGUGUGCUGGAAUUCAAUCCUCCAGCUAUACCGAUCAACCUAGCAGGUCAACCAAUGCCAAUAGACUUUCUAGGCGAGCCCCACGAGUAUAUCGGUAAGAUAAAAUGCUCGACUAAAGCGAGACACUGCAGAUUGAAGUAUCGAUACGGAGGUACGAUUUGUUCGUCCAGAAAUAAAAAGCUCCGUUUUGCUGCCUCUACCAACAAUACGGAGCUGGUCGAAAAGCUUCUGCUCUCGGGCGCAGAUCCCAACUGCUCAGACGAACAUAAAAGAAGCCCCUUGCAUCUAGCAGCCUGUCGAGGAUACGUUGACGUUGUUAAAAUGUUAAUAAGACAUGGCGCCAACCCGAAUAUCAAGGAUACGCUAGAAAACACACCACUUCAUCUUGCAGCUUGUACCAAUAAUAUCCCAGUUGUUAUUGAGCUACUGGAUGCAGGCACUGAUGUCAGUUCUCAUGAUAAGAACGGACGCAAUCCUAUCCAGCUUGCACAGAGCAAAUUGAAGCUGAUUCAGAUGCGCCCUAGUGGUGCCGGCAACUUUGAUGAGACUAAACAGCUUAUUGGUGAAAUUUGCUUAAUAGUGGAAAUGAUGUUAAAAUAUAUGAAGAUUCAAAAGGCAGAUGCAGGAGAGUUGGAGUCGGUAAGAGUGAGACUAGAGAAUGUCAGCACAAGAGAACAAGUUGAUUCUGAAGUGCAAAACCUCCUCGACAGCCUCGACUCUUUAAAAUUGAGGUAAACAAACAUCAUGUGAUGGGAAUUGAAGACUGUUAGUUUAAUUAACUGCCUAAAGAUAAGAGCUCACAAUAGUUGUUAAGUAAUUCGAUUGUAAACAAAUUUGUGUCAUUACAUACUUAUUAUAUUGUUAUUUUUUAGUUAAGAUUUAUGAGUUAUAUAAAACAAAUUUCAAAAUUUUUUUGCUUAUUAUUGGAAUAACUUAAUAAUAAUUUAGAGUUCAAUUGAUUUAUUUGACUAUAAUAAAUACUAUUAUUUUCAUUA